GAGGCCGAGGGUUCGGUGAAGAGACCCUGAGCUGAGAUCAAAAGGCCUGGGUUCACUCCUUCUGUAUCUAUCUGGCUGUCAAAUAGUGGGCAAAUCACCAAACCUCUCAUGCUCCUUUCCCACAUCAGUAAGAUAAAAGAUUAGACUCAGUGACCUCCUGGCUUUAAAAUUAGGAAUCUAGAGACUUCUGUAGGCUCAAGAUUUAGAAAAAGCCAAGUCUUUGGGUCUGGUGAGGUACACAGAGGAAAAAGAAGGGUCACUAAUGAGGCUGUCAGCAAGUUGGGAACAGGGUUUCACCUAAUUGGGCCUCAGGGGACAAGGGUUGCGCUCCUCACUGGGAGCAGAGUUGGUGGGGUCGGCGAGACGGGCCUCCCCUUUGGCCCGGGCCAUUUAAUCGAGCUACAUGUGGCAGGAAGAUGUGCCUGCCCAUGUCUCAAAGUCUCCCUCAGUCACUAAUGAGCUUACUGUUUUGGGUCCUUUGAAUUAUUCAUGUGUUCUUUGGCUGGCACCUGGGACAUUGCUGUGUGUGUUCUCUUUGUUCCUGCUAAGUUCUCUGUGAUCUGGAAAAUACUUGAUAGUUUUCUGCCUCUGCCUUACUUCCAUUCCCUGUUCCUGCCUUGCUCUCCCUGUCCUCACUGAAUUUUACACAUCCUUCCAGGCUCAGCUCACCUACGCCUCCAGGGUCCCCUGGCUUACAGUGGUUUAUCUCCCUGGUUUCUUAGGGAAAUAAAGCCUCUUAGGAGGUAGUUGGUGUGAAGGCUGUAUCUUCCCAACUGGUUUGUAAGCUAUUAAAAAGCAUGGGGCAUUCCUGGAACUUCUCCAUAUCCUCCCGGCCAUUGCCCAGUACCUGGCACAUUGUGUGGGUUCAGUAGUCUUGUAUGUUGGGAAGGGACCAGUGUGCUCAUCAGGUUUUCAUCUUCCAGUGUUCCUAGUUCCCAUUAAAUGUGUGUUUUGAACAGGCAUUGCUUUGGUUCCUGACCCUGACCCAGCCUUGGUCACAAUGAUUUGUCAUCACCUAGUCCCCUGGAGCUGCCAUCUCUUGGCCUAAUGGAACUGUUAAAGUUGGCUUUAUGAAACAGCACUUCCUCUUAUUUUCCCCAAAUCCACCCCUCAGUCUUUGUGGAAGAUAUUUUUACUGUAGACUCCAAACUCUUUAUUAUUUUAAGGAUUCUGAUCCUUCCCCCAUCUUAUCCUUUGACUUUACAGACCAAACUAAUAGAAGUUCUUUACAAGUCCCUUUCAGGAAGGAAGGGGUGGGGGACUAAUAUUGAGCAUCUCCUGGGUGUCUGUAUUAGGGCGUGAGGACAGGCUUAGGUUGGUUAAAUGAGUCUCCAUGGCAGAGCCGGGAAGUGAACCCAAGCUGAGCUGACACCAAGUUCAGCUCAUGAUCUGUCAGUCUGCACUGCUUUCUUCCAACCUGUCCGUGGUUUUGUUAUCUGGUGGUUUGGGGUUUUUUUGUUGUUGUUUCUUUGUUUUUGGUCUCCAUAUAGCUGUCCUCCUGGCCCUUGACCAUUUUACAUGAUUUCUAAAAGUGAUGUUGUGAGUGUGACAAAGAGACCUGUACACAGCAGGGCAGGUACAGCUGCCCGAGGUUCUUCCUAACGUGCUUGACAUUUCAGUUUGUAAUUAUUACUCUUCCUAUUGAUGCCAAGCCUCAGAUCCUUUUUUCUUUUUCAUUUUAGAUAUAUAACAAAACAUUUGCCGUUUCAACAAUUUUCACAUGUACAGUUCAUUGACAUUAAUUAUGUUGAUCAUGUUCAACCAUCACCCUUAACCUAGUCUCAAAUUUUACCGUUACCCUAACAGAAGCUCAGUGUCCCCUAAGCAUUGAAUCCUCCUUUCCCCUCUCCUACCCUGGUAACCACCACUCAUACCCUUUCUUGGUUGGUAGUGGAUUGGUGAGAGUUUAUCACCCUGUUAGAGUUGGAAUCAUUUGCCAUCAUUUCCCGGUUCUUGCCUCCAUUGAAUCUAUGGGCCAUUUAUCUGUCUGCUCACUGUCUCGAAGCUUCUUGUAAUUCAUCCCCAUUGGCUUGAAUUUUUAAUCCCUGGAAAAGCUUAGUGUCAUUAUCAUGCUUGGGUAGUACUCUGUAUUCCCUGCCCUCCAGUUUGUUUGUUUUAAUUUAAAAAAUUUAGAGUUAUGGUUUCAUGGGACAUCCCAGUUAAUUAGCCUAAUAACAUGUUUAGUGCUUCUGUUCUACCUCCUAGUUGCGUAGUACCUGGAGUCUUAAAAAUUUAUAAGUAGCCAUUCAAGGCACAAAUGGUCUCUAUUCACCUGGAGCAACAUAGGAAGAAGGGCAGCCAGGAAUAGGAGGAGGAUAUGGAAUGUACGGCUAAUUGUCUCCUUUGCCAUGAGACCAGAAGAACUGGAUGGUGCCCGGCUACCAUUACUGAACAUUUUGACCAAAGAGUCCAUAGAAGAACCCUGAUGAAAAGGGGAAAAUGCAGAACAGAAUCUUACAUUCUCAUGGGCUCUAGACUUACUGGAGCCAUGGAGGGCAGAUGAACCCCUGAAACUAUUACCCUGAGAUUAUUUUUAAACCUUAAUCCAAAAAUAUCCCCUGAAGUCUUCUUAAAACCAAGUAAUAGCUUACCUUAAGUAGUAAAAAGGUCUGCCUUAAGCAUUACGUGCUUUUAAGAACUAUCUGUAGGAGAUCAGAUUGAUAACAGCAACUGGAAAGAUUAGAUAGGAAUUUUAGGGGGCAAUGAGUUUAUGUAAAUGAGUGUUAUGAAUUGAAUUGGGUCCUCCACAAAUGUGUGUCUAGGCCAUGAUUCCCAAUAUUAUGUGAUUGUCCACCAUUUUGUCAUUUGAUGUGAUUUUCCUAUGUAUUGUAAAUCCUGCCUCCAUGAUAUUAAUGAGGCAGAAUUAGAGGCAGUUAUGUUAAUGAGACAGGACUCAAUCUACAAGAUUAAGUUGUGUCUUGGGUCAAUCUAGAGACAUAAAAGAGAAGUGAGCAGAGAGGCAGGUGGACCUCAUACCACCAAGAAACAAGAGCUAGAGAACAGCAUGUCCUUUGGACCUGGGGUUUGUGUGCUGAGAAGCACCUUGACCAGGGAAGAUUGAUGACAAGGGCCUUCCCGCAGAACCGACAGAGAGCGAAAGCCCUACCCUGGAGCUGGCACCCUGAAUUUAGACUUCUAGCCUCCUAGGCUGUGAGAGAAUAAAUUUCUCUUUUUUGAAGCCAUUACACUUGUGGUAUUUCUGUUACAGCAGCACUAGAUGACUAAGACAAUGAGAGAGGAACAACUCAGAAAAAAAGGGUAAAAGUGGUUGCACAACUCAAAGAAUGUAGUCAAUGUUACCAAGUUGUACAUGUAGAAAAUAGUAAAAAAAAAAAAAAAAUGUUAACAGAUUGUGAUAAAUGUAACUCAUGUCACUGAAAAAUUUGCAUGGAAAUUGUCAAAUGAGAAUCUAACUUCCUGUGUAAACUUUAACCUAAAACUCAAUAAAAUAUAUUUUUUUAAAAACUACAGAAAAGAAAAAAAAAAAACAUAAAACCUAUAUAUUCUCCACCCAAGUUUAGUAAAUGUUAACACUUUAUUACUGUGUCAAGUUUUUUAAUCAAAGAAGAAAUAAAAUGUUAAAGAUAAGUUGGAAACCUACCUGUUCCCCUCCCAGGCCCUUUCCCCGCCCUAGAAGCAGCCACUUUAAUAUUUUACUACAAUAUAUAGUAUUGAGUUUUUGGUUUUUGUGUAGCACAUGGAUGUAAUUUGCUCUUUUCCACUCAGUAUUUUUUGUGAGGUCUAAUUAUGCUAAUACGUGUGCCCAGCACUAUUCUAGGCACUGGGGAUACAAAAGAAUAGAAUAAAGCCCCUUUCUUUGUGGACUCUUCAUUCUGGGGUGCUGGGGAGGGCUAUGUGGUAUGAAUGUACCAUAAUUUAUUUAGCCUUUCCUCUAUUGAUGGGCCUUUAAAAUGUGCUUCCAUUUGCUCACCGUUAGAAACAAUGCUGCAAAGAGCAUCUGUCUAUGUGUCUCCUUGUAUGGAUGUACUAUGUACAUAGUUUGCAAACUUUUUCUCAAGGGGCCAAAUAAUAAAUAGGUUUAUGGGCCAUGUGGCCUCUGGUGCAACUACUCAGCUCUGCCUUUGUAGCACAAAAACAUUCGUAGACAAUACGUAAAUGAAUUACUCACAAACACUGGAACUUGAAUUUCAUAUUAUUUGUAUGUGUCAUGAAAUAUUCUUUUAUUGAUUUUUUUCCCCAGCCACUUAAAAAUGUCAAAAUCAUUCUUAACUCUGGGCAUACAAAAACAGGAAGCAGGCCAGAUUUGGCCAGCAGGUCAAGUCUGUUGAUCCCUACUGUAAGGCACAGGAGAAGUAGAAUGACUUGGCUGUAGGGUACACCCAUUUCCAUCUUGAGUAGUGUGGUGCAAUGGAUCACUUUUGUGUGGCCUUUCUCGCCGUGGUCUUAUAACUCUCACACAAGUGAUUGGGUGGACUGUACAAAUAGGAGCCCUGGUGGCACAGUGACUAAGAAUUACAGCUACUAAACCAAAGCAGUUCAAAUUCACCAGCCGCUUGGAAACCCUCUGGGGCAGUUCUACUCUGUCCUACAGGGCAGCUGUGAUUUGGAAUUGAUGCCAUGUCAACGGGUUUGAUUUGGUCUGUAAGGGGAUUGCUCAGUUUUGCCAUCCCACUGGGCUUGAAAUGAGCCAUUCCAGAGGCAGGAAAGAGAGGCCAAGAACAGAACGCCUCCUUUGGACCAAGGAUCCCUGCACUGAGAAGCUCCUGGAACCGGGAGACCCAGAGAGAGCGAGCGAGCUGUAACACUAAAGAAAGCGAGAAGUGGUGGCAGAGAAACGGAAGCAGGAAAGACUGGCAGGAGACGUGCAGUGGGCUUCCCUGCCCAGGGAGCAAGUAAGCUGAGCACCUUUGGGCCAAGCAUUACUGGCAGAGUAGGGUGCCUCUGGGCACUUAUUGGCAGAGCUAAAAGAGCUUUGUAACACUUGCCUGAAAAGGGCAGAGGCUGAGGGGCCAAAGAGAGGCAUGCUUGCAGCACGGCCGGGAACAGGCCGUCCUGAUGGAAGAGCUGUAUCCUUAGUGUUCCUGAACCUGAAUUAUAUAGCCUGUUACUUCCCUAAUAAACCCCUUAAUUGUGAGUAUUUUCUGUGAGUUCUGUUGGCCAAUGGAAUGAAUUAUCGAACUUAGCAGAGAAGUAGAGAGUGCCGUGGGAGGGACAGUUGGUGUCAGAAUCGGUAAAGGUGGUGGAGACGAGGCGUGUUUGACCACCACCUCAUAGGAGUCAGCCUUGGGCUGUUGAUCUUAGUCCUCCCUCCCCUUUAUGAAGUUAGAGGAGGUCAGACACUGCCCCUACGCCAUUUUUACAACUAGAUACUACUAAGUUGCUCUCCAAAGAGGUUUUACAAUCUCGGCUUCCCCCCAUCAACAAAUGAGAGUUACUCCAGAUCUUUAAUGCAGUUAGAUAAUGCUCCAAGCCCAGUGCCAGGUGAAAACAGGAAGUAUGAGGGGAAGUUGCCUGCCAGUUCCGACCAUUAAGAAAAACCUGAGAAAGCCUUUAGGAAGUUGUAAGGAUGAGUAACAGGAGUCCCUGGAAUCGGGCCCACUGCCAGGAGAUCAUUUUGGCCUCUGAGCUUCCGGACUUGCUCAGUUCCUGUGUGUCAUGGGUGGUAAUAAGCCCCUUGUUCUCCAUUUGGUCCUUAUUCUCCCCAGGCAAGGGGAGGGAGGCUGAAGUCUGGAUUGACCCCUUAUGUGUGACUUACAGCUAUCUGUACAGGAAGUAGUGAUGGGAACAGCAGGGACUUGGGAAGCUGACCUGACUGCAAACUCUGCCUGGCUCUGCCACUGACUAGCUCUAUGAUCUUGAAAAGGCCCUUUGCUUCUCUGAGGCCUUCCCUCGUCUGUGAGUGGGAAUGAUAUAUACAUGCUACAAGUUGGUUGAAAAGAUGAAAUGAGAGCAUGUAAUGGAAGGCGCCUGACACAUCAGAGGUGCUCAAAAUGUGCCAGCCAACAUGCGGAUCUUCUCCCUGUUGGAUGGAUGCUGGAACAUUUCCUGGAAUGGGAAGCUCACUCCCUCUGGAAGCAGCCCACUCCACCUUCCAACACUUCUGAGAAAAAACUCUUUCCUUCUGUUGAGCUGAAAACUGGCUGGCAGUGGCUUUCACUCCCUGUCCCCAUUCUACCUCUGAGACCACACAGCAACCCCUCCCUCUCUCCUCAGGCAGAAGAGCCUGUUUUCUUCAAAUCAUGACUUUGAGUACUUUCACCAUUCUGGUCCCCUUGCUAGAAUUAACAUUUUCUGAAGCAAAAAUUCACCACAAUUGGACUGUCAGUGAAGACAAAAGUUUGAGUCCAGAGCUGGCCUGCAUGUGUGAGGAAGGCCAUACAUUGAUUAAGACUUUGGCAAAGGGCCGGCCUUGGUUCCAACACUUUGUUGCUACACCUGCCUCUCUACCCCUGAGAUGCUAGGCACAGAGCUGUACUCUGUGUGGUGGCAAAUCGCCUAGCCUGAGGUGAAGUCAGCGCUGUAUGUACUGGCCCGUGUUGCAGGGGGACCAGGUGGCAGUAGGGCAACCAAUCAGCUGAUGAAGUCCCUACCAGCUAUGGCCACCAGGGGGCACUCCAGCCCCAGAGAUGGUCCCUGACCAACAGGCCAUCUCUUCAUCCAGGGAUGUCUCUGUUCCUUGGAACACUAGAAGCCCUGCUGCUGCUGGUCUGGCACUCUGCACUCUGGACAGUGCAAGAAGCCACCCCCCUGGGCCCUGCCAGCUCCCUGCCCCCAAGCUUCCUGCUUCAGUGCUUAGAGCAAGUGAGAAAGAUCCGGGCCGAUGGAGCGGUGUUGCAGGAGAGGCUGGUGAGUGGGGAAGGCGGCGAACACGCAGAUGCCCUGAGAAGAGGCAGUGGGGAGAGCUGCAGAGAGACGGAAGGGAUAAGGGCCAUGAGGGGAGGGAGAUAUGGGAAGACAGCAGAAGAGAGGUGUCAGGGAGGGACAGGAGAGCAGCCAUACAUGCGGGAAAUGGAAGAAAAUCCGGAGCCCACUGGGAAGAAGCCUGGGGAGCAGAACCUCUGGGAAUGGCGCUGGGGUGGGAGUAGAGGCAGCGGAUCAGAAGGGCCGAGGGCCCAGGACCGGAGCAUCAGCAGUAGGGGAGAGGGUGGGGUGGGGCUGAGAAGCCUGGCAGGAUAUGGAGUGCAGGGGAGACCACAGAGAGGUGAGGAGGAUCAAGGGGAGCCAGCCACCCUGGCACUGGCCCCUCACUCUGCAUCUCCCCACCCCCAGUGUGCUACCUACAAGCUGUGCCACCCUGAGGAGCUGGUGCUGCUCGGGCACUCUCUGGGCAUUACCCAGGCUCCCCUGAGCAGCUGCUCCAGCCAGGCCCUGGAAGUGGUGAGUGUCUGUCUGGAGGGGAGGAAGGAGGGGGAACCCACACCCCCUGUGCCUGGGCUCUCCAGAUCCCCAGGCUCCAAGCUGGGGGCCCGCCUCCCAGCCAGCCAGCCACCCCCUAACCCUCAUAUUGUGUCCCUCCAGGUGGACUGCCUGCACCAACUCCACAGUGGCCUCGUCCUCUACCAGGGCCUCCUGCAGGCCCUGGCUGGGACUUCCCCUGAAGUUGCUUCCACCUUGGACCUGCUGCACCUGGAUGUUGCUGACUUUGCCAUCAACAUCUGGCAGCAGAUGGAAGACAUGGGUGUGGCCCCCACAGGGAAGCCCACCCAGGGCCCGAUGCCGACCUUCACCUCUGCCUUCCAGCGCCGGGCAGGAGGUGUCCUGGUUGCCUCCAACCUGCAGAGCUUCCUGGAGCAGGCAUACCGGGUCCUGCGCUACCUUGCCCAGCCCUGAGCAAACCCCUCCCCAUGCAGUGUAUUUAUCUCUAUUUAAUAUUUAUCUUUAUUUAAACCUAAUAUUUAAAGAAGGAAGAGUGAGAAAGAGCCCCAGGCUUCUGGGCCUUUCCCUCUAUCUCCCUGUUCUCUGGUCCCCUGAACUGGGAGGUAGAUAGGUAAAUACCAAGUAUUUUAUCUCUGCAACGGCUCCAGUGCCUGGCUCUGUGGUGGGCACUGGGAAGAGCCACCGUGAACCCCCUGCCCCGAGGGCACCCACCUUGGAGCCCUCGGGAGCACCAGGAGGUCUCCCACGUGGGAGACAAGACAUCCCUGUUUAAUAUUUAAACAGCAGUGUUCCCCAACUGGGUCCCUGUAACUCACACUCUGGCCUCCACUUGCCUCGUGCACGACCAGGUCCCCUUGUCCUACUUUCCUUCUGUUCCUCUCCCGCACAGGCACCAAGGCCUGGACAAGCAGAUGCCAGAGCUGGGAGGUUUGGCCCUGGGGUUCCAUGACUUGGCUGGGGACUCUAGCUUUUCAAGAGUUUUGGGUAGGGGGGGUCUUUUGACUCCCAGCAAGGAGCUCAGGCAUCACUGGCAUUUCUCACACUUUUCGGGAUGCCCUAUAAAGACAUGAGAGGAGCAUGACAGGCACACAACACCGGCCCAUGCCCCAGCAGGGUCAGGACUCAGACUCCUUUUUACCGCCGGGCAGAUGGUCAUGUAUUUGCCCUCCUAGACCGGGAUUGGGACUGUGGGAGGGAAAUGAUGGGGGUGGGGGCGUGACACAAGACAGGCUGAAAGGGAAUCUCAGCUGUUUACCCUCUACCUCUGCCCUCACUUUCUCACUGCAGCCAAGCUUCAGGAUAAUAAAGUGUUUGUCUCUAAAAAAUGUCUUCCUCCUUCUUAGUCCAGCUGGUGCCUCGCCAGGGGUUAAGGGUGUGGUGAGUGGCGGGAGCGGCUGGAGGGAGGGGAAGAGGAGGUGCAGGGACAGUCCAUCUUUCGCAUUUAUUUCUUCGAGUACUUACUCUGUGCAAACACUGGGCUAAGUGUAGGGAACCAGCAGUGACCAAAGCAGACAUGGUCCCUGCCCUCAUGAAGCCACAGCCCAGUGUGGAAGACAGAGGACAGGUCGAUCAUCCGGCCACGGAGAGGAGAGAGAGCUGGCUCCACCCUAUGGCCUUCAGACUGGGGUGAAGCACAGGGCUCAUCCAUUUACUGCCUUCCAGAAACACUAGCCCAUCCACCUCCAACUCGGCUCAGAACUCAAAUUUCAAGCCCUGCACUCCUCUCCCUCAUCAAGCUCUGCCUCUGACCUGGGGGACUGAGCUCAUCACCGCUUGUCACUUUCCUGCUGGGCUCAGGCUCAUGGAAUGAGGCGGCCCAAGCUCACACCUGAGGAGGGUGGGCAGACAUGGAGGAGACAUGGUUCCCACCACAGGUGCCAGGUCAGGUUCUUCACAUUCUGCGCCCAAAGACUCCUGUUUGGGCCCUUGUGGCCCCACUAGAUGUGGGGAGGUCAAGAUGGCCAAGCAGUACCUGUUCCACCAUGUUCAGCUCCUCAGUCACCUCACUGCCCUUCCCUACACAGUUCCUUAGAAAGCAGGGUCUGGCUGAGCAGGACCACGAACCCCCAGCAUCAAGCUCAGGGUCCUUCAUCUCUGUCUGUCCUGAAAAAAUCGGGAGAUGUGUGGAACAGGCAAGGAAAGGUUAAACAGAGUUCCUGUCCCUCAACCCAACACCCCAGGCCUUCUCCUGAGGGGACAGACCAGACUCUGGGCAAGUCAGCCUCUCGGUGGGGCUGGCCUGGGUUGGGAAUGACAAAAGAACAGGACACCCUACCCCACCAUCGGUGAGGCCUUUAGCCAAAGCCUCUCCCUUCUGAGGACAAGUCUGACUUUGGGGGGUUGGGGGACAGGGUGGCUGCUCUCACCCCCCAAGCCCUUCCCCGAGCUGAGGGAACACAGAAACCUGAGCUCAGCCCUCUUGUACGUCUCCUCCUUCUCAACCACAGGACCGAGUUUCUCCCCAGGCAGCAGGACAGGGAUUCCCAGACGACACUGGUCCCCACCCCUAGUCAGCACAGGCCCUGACGGCACUCAGCCACAAAGGGAUCCAUGAAGGUCUUUAUUUA